CUGGGGGAGGGUGGGUGAUGACCCUGUUGACGACACGGUGUUUUUUUUCCUCUCUUUUGACGUAGGAGGCAUCCUGACGAAUGAGAAUCUGAUGCGCUCCCAGCGGCUCCAUAAAAGCAGGGGAGCAUCAGAAGGGAAAGCAGCCAAGAAGUCUCACCAACUCAUCCCAGCCCGGACCUUUCCAUCUGCUCUUCUCUCUCUCUCUCUGUUAUCCCUCGAAGAAUCAACAGGCGAAAAUGAACUGCAUCGAAAAAGUCGACGCCGUGGAGGAGUUCCACUGCAACAACGGCUUCAGUGACCUCAUCAUAGACGCCAAGAAAUCCGCGGCCGUGCACCGCAAGCACGAGACGUCCCGCAAAGAGGCCGAGGACGAAUCCCGCCUACCUGCGCUGGAGGCCGCCUACACCAACAUCCUGCGGGAUCUCGGGGAGGACACGGACCGGGAUGGGCUGGUGCGCACGCCGCUGCGCGCCGCCAAGGCCAUCCAGUUCCUCACCAAAGGCUACCACGAGACCAUCGAAGACAUCUUAAACGACGCUAUCUUUGAUGAAGACCAUGAUGAGAUGGUGAUCGUGAAAGACAUUGAUAUGUUUUCGCUGUGUGAACAUCACUUGGUGCCCUUCUUUGGAAAGGUUCACAUCGGGUAUAUUCCAAACAAAAAAGUGGUGGGGCUGAGCAAGCUGGCAAGGAUUGUGGAGAUCUUCAGCCGGAGACUUCAAGUCCAAGAGCGUCUGACCAAGCAGAUUGCAAUGGGAAUAUCUGAGGCUCUGCAGCCCAAAGGCGUGGCUGUGGUCAUAGAAGCAGCGCACAUGUGCAUGGUGAUGCGUGGUGUCCAGAAGAUGAACAGCCGCACCGUGACGAGCACCAUGCUGGGAGCGUACUUGGAGGACCCCAAGACCCGGGAGGAGUUCCUGACCCUAACGAUGCGCACCUAACAAACCUCAAACAUCCUCCACUCCCAGGCCUCAGCAGUGUGCAGAAUCUGUGGGGCUACUGUGGGCCUGCAUGUGAAUUUCCUUUUGAAAAAAUCCUAACGUAACAGAUCAGACCAGUUACAGAGCACAUAAAGGAACUGCAGGACGUCCAGUUCUGGAGCUGACCUCUGUUCAGACACAGACGCCUGAGGGAUUUCAGCACUGUCUGAAAUCACUUUGAAAACAACUCACAUAUUCAUGGUGCCUUUUGGGAUAUAUUUUAAGUCUUUAUAUGGCAAUAUUGUAUUAAACCUGAGUCGAAUACUAUAACAUAGGAGUACUCAGACUUUGAAUUUUUUGGUUUGUCUGAUGGGACUUUCAUUGGUGCUUUACCAAAGUGUUAUUGUAUUAUUGUAUUUAGAAUACACAGAAUUUAGCAGUUUCACAAAGGACGUGUCAUUUUUAAAUACAUUUUUAAAACCUAUUAUAUGACAUUUUAAGAUGAAAAUCAAAUGUAUUAUAUUUGUAUUCCAAAGAGUGGAGCAAAUAAAUGCAGUUAUGUGAUCAAUGAUUGUGGUGUCAUGUUUUCCAGUCUUAAAUAAAACUUUAUGUCGACAACAUAACAGCUGACAGCGUAUUGUUUGUGAAUGUCAGUCAUUUGUUGUGUUAUCAUUAUUCAUUAAAA